AUGGACGUCGACGGCACCGGCUGCGUCGCGCUGGACACAACUAGCGCAUUCCACCCGGGCCCGACCUCGUUUGGCGAAGGGUGCGUCCGGAAGGCAGACGACGGCCCGAAACUGCUGGGCGCGCAGGAGCAGGAGACCAGAAUGGGCUCCAUUGCGACGGUGCCGAUGGCGGUCGACAGCGAAAGCGAGCAGACGAAGCUGCUGAAGCCGGACAUCAGGCUUGGCGACGCGGCGUCGAAGCCGACCUUCUCGCUGCUCGAGGCGAUGGACAAGGCGAAGUCGGGCGUGCGCGCGCGCCCGGGCGACCUCAGCGAGGGCGCUCCGCUCGCCGCGCGGAACCACGCGCCGGUUUUCAACGCGAAGGCCUUCAAGUCGACGACGGAGGCGCGGGCGUUCGCGGCGAGCGCGUUCGCCAACGAGCAGCAGGCUGAAGAGGAGCUCGCGCCGUCGCCCAGGGCUUCCGGCAGCGGCGGACCUGCAGCGGCGGCGGCCCGACGUGGGCCAGCGCAGCUGGCCGCGACGGCGGCGCGAGGGGUUGAUCGGGCACGCGAGCAGGUUGCGCGAAAGCCAGCGCUGCGGCGCGACGGCCAGGAGAUCGCCCUGCACCCUGAGAGUCGCGUGGAGGACAUGCGCGCGAGGUCGCGGGGGUUGGGGGAGCCGAUCUACGGCGCGAAGAACAAGCUGUGGACCGGGCUCGGAGACGCGGAGCGAAGAAUCACGGCGCACCACGACAGGCUGAAGGAGUUGGAGCGCAGGCUCGAGCAGUCCGUCCAGGGGGCGCCCGUGGUCGCACCGCGGCAAGUUGCUGGGCCAGCGGGGCCGACGCCCGGGAAGAGGGCAGCCCGCGAGUUGCUGCGCUUGACGAGGGCCGAGUGGCGCGAGGCCUGGGCGCGCGGCAUCGAGACCACUAGGCCGCGCAACACGCUCACCUUCGAUCAGAACGACACUGGCAAGGUUGGCGACGAGGAGCUGCCAGCAGCGGGCAUCUUCGCGACGGCGCUCGUGAUGGCGGACAGGGGCACGCCGAUGUUCAACGCGUUCUCGACGUCGACAAAAGUGGUCGCCGACUACGCGGUGGCGGGGGUGAGCGGCUUCGCCGAGGGCAAUCAACCUCGCGACCGCGGACGUCAAGACGGAUUGAACAUGGUGGAAGAAGCGCAGAAGAAGCUGAGCAAGAGCGUCAAGCUGGAG